UCUGCAAAAAGUUUUAAAUAACAAACAGAGAGAAGAGGGUAUAGAUCGAAUUAUUUGGGGACAAUUUUUGUAAUUAAUGUAUUCCUAAUACCUGGAGAGAAACAAAAAAGGUCCUAAUCCCCAUAUAUAGUCUAUAAUGUUACGCUAUAGGGUAUAAUCCGCCCAACCACUGUACCCUUUUCUUCUCAAAUUGUCUUGUCCUUUUCGUUUCGUUUUACAAAACCCUUUUUUGACACCAUGAAUAUCAGCAUUGUAGACUACCAUGUGCAAGACAAUCGCUACAACCUCUAUGAUGUUUACUACUACAGCGACAAAAUCCAAACAAUGGUUACUUCUGACCCAAACAUGGUCACUCAGUGGAUCACAGAUGUCGAGUCUGCCUAUGGACCUUUUCUCAACGUUGGACUUGACAUCGAGUGGCGACCUAGUUUCAGCACCCAUCAAAACCCAGCCGCGACUCUACAGCUCUGCAUUGGUCGUCGUUGCCUCAUAUUCCAACUACUCUACUGCAUGUACAUUCCACAUUCCCUCCUUACUUUUCUCAAUAACAAUGCCUUUUAUGGAGUUGGGAUACAGGGUGAUGUGGACAAGUUGAGGGGAGAUUACGGGGUUAUGGUAGGCAAUGUGGUGGAUUUAAGAGGUUGGGCUUUUGAUACAUAUGGAAUGAGGGACUUGAGGAAUGAAAGGUUGAAGGGUCUGUGCAGUUUUCUUUUGGGAAAAGAGCUUGAGAAGCCUAAGAGGAUCAGUUUGAGUAGGUGGGAUAAUGAAUGGCUGAGCAUGGAACAAGUGCGAUAUGCUUGUCUUGAUGCUUUUGUUUCUUAUGAGAUUGGAAGGCAUUUGGGUACUGAUUAAGCACUUUUUCACUUUGGGUUUAAGGGUUUUGAUGAAGACACAACAAGCUACUUUUAUGGGCGAAGAUUUAGGAUUAAUAUUCAUAUAAUUUAAUUAUAAUUUCUGGAUUCUUGGUUUUUGAAGUUGUUAUUUGGAACCCCUUAUGUCUAGUAAAUUAAAGUUUUCGCCUAUUAAAUACUGUGUAUGCCAUUUUGUCUCUGUGUGUUUCAGCUUUUAUUUUACAUGUUAUCAUCUUUUGCU